UGAAGGCCUUCGCGGCCGCCUACGGUAUUUUUGGAAAGUCAAACUUUGACUUUGACCGGGUUCGGAAAAGACCGUAGGCCGCCGACACUGGACGGAAGGCGGCCGCCUACGGUGACCGCCUGCGGCAGAAGACGACGAAGCAACCGCCGGCCGGUGGGAUUUGACGGCAGGCGGCCAGACAGGAACGGCAGGCGGCCGCCUGCUGGACCGCCUGCGGCGGCCGGGAUCCGGCGGGAUCCGCCGCGAUCCGAUUUAACCCUGAAAAGACGGCAGGCGGCCAAGGUGUGACGGAAGGCGGCCGCCCUCUGUGGCCGCCUACGGCUGACGGGACCGGCCACGUCGUGUUGCCGGCGACUUGACGGCAGGCGGCCAGAUGCUGCCGGAAGGCGGCCGCCUGCAUGGGCGCCUUCGGUGAAAUUUCUGCUAUAAAUAGCAGGCUUUUUCUACAUCUCAAACACACCUCUUCCAACCCUAAAUCAGUUCAAAACACCCUCUUUCUUCCUCCAUUUUCGAGCUCCAAAGGGUUUAGAGAGAGAGAAACUUCAAAUCUUCAUAUCUUCUUCAUUUUAGCUCCAAAUUGUUACCUUGACACUCACAGAGUCAAACCCAUCAUUUAUACAACUAGGGACAAAAUCAUAAUUGCCAACCGAAGUGUCGACAUCAACCUGAACGAAGGCUCAACUCGUCAGCAUUGCUUAGAUACAAUCAUUAGCACAAAUUGGUAGGAAGAUAACAGGAGACCAGCCUUCGUUCUUCAUCACCUCACUCAAGGAGACAAAUUCGAUCUAAAAACUACUUGCAACGAAAGUGACAUGUUGAUAGAAACGUCUAGACAGGUUGACGACAUGUCUCACCAGCCAAGUGACGAUUUGAAGAAAGCAUCUCACCCGACAAAUGACAGAUUGGUGGAAGCGUCACGACAUACAAGUGACGGGUUGACGACAUGUCAGGGAGAUGAUGAGUUGAUGGGCAAGACGGUAAGUUUAAGUUCUUUCAAAUUUCGACAAGUUGAUGCUCGACGGCUUGAUGUGUGUGUCAUACGCUUCAACUUCUCGAAAGGGGGCAAUUGUUGGGCCAAGAAAUAAUCGACGAAAUAAAUUAAGGUGGGGCCCAUGAGCUUAAGAAAUACAAACUUAAGGAGCAAAUAAUAAUAGGAAGCUUGGAGCGGAAGAAUUGGAACGAACUGAUAGACUUUGCUAACUAAUUGUCGAGUUUGACGGAUAAAG